UGUAACUACGUCACGGUUGUUUUGCGCUUACUUCCUGUAAAAAUACAACAAACGGUUGUGUUAGCCAUGCUGUGACUCUACCUCUGCGUGUUUUCACCGGGGAAGCGCGACUGAAACGUCGAGCUGUGUCGUGACAAUCCUGGUAAUAUUUGAAUAAAGUCGUCAUGUUGUGACGGACCGGACGCUUCUUCCACAAAUAAGAUCCAUGGUGUCAGGUUCCGCACUUAUGGAACAAUCCACCAAGCCAGGGACCAACCAGGUGGCUGAUGUGGUCUUUGUCAUCGAAGGGACGGCGAACCUCGGACCCUACUUUGAAUCAUUAAGGAAAAACUACAUACUUCCGGCGAUUGAGUAUUUUAAUGGAGGACCGCCAGCGGAAACAGACUUUGGAGGCGAUUACGGAGGGACUCAGUACGGCCUGGUGGUCUUCAACACCGUGGACUGCGCCCCAGAGUCGUACGUCCAGUGUCACGCUCCCACCAGCUCUGCCUUUGAGUUUGUCUCCUGGAUCGACAGCAUCCAGUUCAUGGGAGGCGGAGCAGAGAGCUGCAGUCUGAUUGCGGAGGGUCUCUCUGUGGCCUUACAGCUCUUUGACGACUUUAAGAAGAUGAGAGAACAAAUUGGUCAAACACACAAAGUGUGCGUCCUCCUGUGUAACUCCCCGCCCUACUUGCUUCCUGCCGUGGAGAGCGUUAGCUACACCGGCUGCACCGCAGACAACCUUGUGAAAAUCAUCAGGGAUAGAGGAAUCCACUUCUCGGUGGUGGCGCCGCGUAAACUGCCCGCGUUGAGAGCUUUGUUUGAGCGGGCCUCUCCUGUCGCGGGCGCCAUCGAACCCCACCCAGACUAUAGUCAAGACCCCUUCCACAUGGUGCUGGUCAGGGGCAUUUCACUCCCUGUGUCCUCGGGCGUAGGUCCUGGGCCUUUGAAGCCGGUCCUCCCUCCUCAGCCGCUGACGGUCAAUCAGCCUCUCAUUGGCGGCCCGCAGCCCACCCCCCCCAUGGGCGCGGCUCAUCCUUACCAGAAUCCACCCACCAUGACUGCUGCUCAGGUGGCUGCACAGAUGGUUGUGGAGGCAGCCAAAGGCCAGAAGAACCGAUUUUCAGGGAUGGGCAGUCAGGUGCCGCCGUUCGCCGGCCAACAGUCCAUCCCCUCUCUGUCGGGUGUGAAGCUGAGCCAGCCCAACAUCUCCACCGUCACCACGGCCAUUCAGCAGCAGCAGGUCCCUCCCAACCAGCAGCAAGCGGUGCCUCCGCCUGGGCAGCCCACGCCCAAUCAGCAGCCUCCGCCGCCCCCUCAGCAGCAGCCUGCGCCCAACCAGCCCACGCCGCAGUCGGGACAACCCAACAUGCCGGGUGUGUCGGCGCCAACAGGAAACCCAAAUGCAAUGGGACAGCAAGGCAUGGCCAACAAGAUUGUGGCGUGGAGCGGCGUGCUGGAGUGGCAGGAGAAACCCAAAGCUUCCUCCAUGGACUCUGCCACCAACCUAACGCGCUCGCUGCCAUGUCAAGUCCAAGUCAACCAAGGAGAAAACCUAAACACGGACCAGUGGCCUCAGAAGCUCAUUAUGCAGCUCAUCCCCCAGCAGCUUCUGACGACAUUAGGUCACCUCUUCAGGAACUCUCGGAUGGUUCAGUUUCUCUUCACCAACAAGGACAUGGAGUCGCUGAAAGGCCUCUACCGCAUUAUGGCCAACGGUUUUGCUGGCUGCGUCCACUUUCCACACACCACGUCACCUUGUGAGGUGCGGGUCCUCAUGCUGCUCUACUCGUCCAAGAAGAGAAUCUUCAUGGGCCUUAUCCCCAACGACCAGAGCGGCUUCGUCAAUGGCAUCCGGCAGGUCAUCACCAACCACAAGCAGAUCCAGCAGCACAGAGCGUUGAGCGGCCCUGGAGGGCCCAUGCAGCCUGGUCAGGUCCCCCCUAACCAGAACUUCCUCAACAGGCCCCCAGGCCCCAUCUCUGUCUCCCAUAGCAACGUGCAGCAGCAGUCGGUGGUGGUGGGCAUGCCCUCUGUUAGUCAGGUCACUAUGAUGGAGGAGCAGCAGAGGCAGAACAACAUGAUGAACAUGAGAGCCGCCGGGCCCAAUAGCCAGCAGCCGCCCGUCAGCGGCGCUCCGCCCAAUCAGGUCACGCAGGGCGGACAGGCCCCGCCCCAGGGUCCCAUACUCCGCCUCUCAAACCCGGGGGCCAAUCCGCAGCUGCGCAGUCUACUCCUCAGCCAGCAGCAGCCGCAAGGGGGCGUGUCCCACAUGCCCGGAAUGAUGUCCCACCAGGGCCUCGGACAGCAGAUGGUCCACUCUGCACCAGGAGGGGGCGCUCAAAUGCAGGCCCAGUGGAGGCAGCCCAUGGCAGGUCAGAUGCUGAUGUCAGGAGCCAGGGGCGCCGUCCCCCAGCCUGGGAUGCCCCAAGUGUCCAGCGUCAUGGAGGACGAACUCCUCAUGGGUCUCAUCUGAGGGACCUUCCCAGGAUCAGUAGUGUGGUUUUCACUUCAAUCCUGGAUGCGCCUUGCUGGUUGGGACACGAACAUUCACUCUUCUUUUUCUUUUUUUCACACCCCGUGUAGCUCAGUCUGGGCUUAAUGAAGGGAUGAACAAAAGGGUAGAGGGCGCGUGAAGUGAAUUACGCGAGCGUCGCUUUGUUCAUGAAUGGUCAGAGUGAGGCUAGUCUAACACUUAGUCAAGUUCCUCUAUCAUCACUAAUAUUACGUGCUCCUUCCUACUUACUUUUUCUGAAGAUGAUACAUCAACUGUAGGAACAUGAAUGACACAUGAACGCCUCUCGCUGAAAUAAACGCCGUACAUUGUG